CGAGCUCUUCAACAGUCCAGUCUCACUCUCGUGUUGUCGUGAAGAGGAACUAAACUUCAGGAGGAAAUGGCAGAAGAAGUAGCUCCAGUUCAAGCCGCCCCGGCGGCCAAAGCAGCCAAGAAGAAGGUCUCCAAACCGAAGAAGACUGGCCCCAGCGUCAGAGACCUCAUCGUUAAAGCUGUGGCCGCAUCCAAGGAGCGGAGCGGCGUGUCUCUGGCCGCCGUCAAGAAGGCUCUGGCUGCCGGAGGCUACGAUGUGGAAAAGAACAAGGCCCGCGUCAAGACCGCCAUCAAGACCCUGGUGGUUAAUGGGACUCUGGUCCAGGUCAAGGGGACCGGGGCCUCCGGCUCCUUCAAGGUCAGCAAGCAGGCUGCAGAGAAGCCGAAGCCAGCCAAGAAAGCCGCUCCUAAAGCCAAGAAGCCCGCAGCCAAGAAACCCGCAGCCAAGAAACCCGCAGCGGCUAAAAUGCCGGCAAAGAAGUCGAUAGCCGCGAAGAAAUCCCCGAAGAAGGCGAAGAAACCCGCAGCGGCCAAGAAAGCAGUCAAGAGCCCCAAGAAACCAGCCAAGAGCCCCAAGAAGGCGACUAAGGCUCUCAAGGUGACCAAGAGUCCCAAGAAGGUGGUCAAAAAGGCCGCUGCUGUCAAGAAAGCUCCCGCUAAGAAGGUUGCCAAAGCCAAGAAAGCAGCACCCAAGAAGAAGUGAGCUGUUCUCAGUCUGAACAAACACUCCGACAAAAAGGCUCUUUUAAGAGCCACCCACAUCAUCCUUAAAGAGCAAUUACCUGUUAAUUAUUACUGUUGACAUUAACUGCAGACAUAAACAUAAUAUUAUAUUUGGAGCUAGGAGGAGAAAUAAACUAGGGCUUUUCACUUAUUUAUUACAAUGAUUAAAAAUACUUGGGCCUAGAUGAAACCUACAAAUAGUAUGACAAAUAAAUAGACCUCACAGGACAACCAUCCAUCUGAUCUUAAAAGUGUUUCCUGUGUUACAUAUUAUUGAGCUUUGUAGCUGUGUGAGGGAAUAAUAUAAUAUGCAAUUAUUUGCUGUCUUCACAUUUUUUUUAAUAAAAUAAAUAUUACAAUGUUUCAAACUCAGUUGAAUGUGGGCAGCACAACAUGACCAAUGCACUACAAAUCUCCACAUCAGAAGGCUGACACUAAAGCUAAGGAGCCUGUAAAGAAUAGCACUAAAUAAUGUAUAAAACCAUUUAUUUCAGGCAACUUAUCUAUAUUAUACUCAUAAGAGCAAUCAUAAUAACAGGCACAUAAUAUAGAAAUAAUAACUAUAAUGUUUUGUGAAAGUGAUCGCUGCAAUCAAAAAGUGAUUUGUUGAAAUAAUACAUAGGGAGGCACUUAAAUGUUCCUUUGCUGGUCCGGCUGCUUGUGUACACUGACUGUUGACAUUCCUGCUACUACAAAUGUAUUAUUUAUAUUUAAUAUUAUUACAAACAUUUAGUAUGUGUAACAAAUGAGAAAUAAUGUUAACUCCACCAUUUCAGACCAGUG